CCACAGCCGGAAGUGACGUACUGCCGGCUUUUUGGCACUGAGGGGAGGUGUAGCCGGUCGGGGGAGAGAGGUAGUGGUGGCGGAAGAGGUUCGGCGGCUGAUGGCGGCACCGGCUCGGAAGCCUCUCUAACGCUCCCUCUGUCUUGGGGCUCCUCGCAGGAUUCACAAUGACAUCCUUUCAAGAAGUCCCCUUGCAGACUUCCAACUUUGCCCAUGUCAUCUUUCAAAAUGUGGCCAAGAGUUAUCUUCCUAAUGCACACCUGGAAUGUCAUUACACCUUAACUCCAUAUAUCCAUCCACAUCCAAAAGAUUGGGUUGGUAUAUUCAAGGUUGGAUGGAGUACUGCUCGUGAUUAUUACACAUUUUUAUGGUCUCCUAUGCCUGAACAUUACAUAGAAGGAUCAACAGUUAAUUGUGUAUUAGCAUUUCAAGGAUAUUACCUUCCAAAUGAUGAUGGAGAAUUUUAUCAGUUCUGUUAUGUUACCCAUAAGGGUGAAAUUCGUGGAGCAAGUACACCUUUCCAGUUUCGGGCUUCUUCUCCAGUUGAAGAGUUACUUACUAUGGAAGAUGAAGGAAAUUCUGACAUGUUGGUGGUGACCACAAAAGCUGGUCUUCUUGAGUUGAAAAUAGAGAAAACCAUGAAAGAAAAAGAAGAACUAUUAAAGUUAAUUGCUGUCCUGGAAAAAGAUACAACACAACUUCGAGAACAAGUUGGAAGAAUGGAAAGAGAGCUUAACCAUGAGAAAGAGAGAUGUGACCAGCUGCAAGCAGAGCAUAAGGGUCUUGUUGAAGUAUCACAAAGUUUAAGAACGGAAAAUGAAGAGUUUAAGAAGAGAUACAAUGAUGCUACGUCCAAAGCUCUCCAGCUUGAGGAAGAUAUUGUGUCAGUGACACAUAAAGCGAUCGAAAAAGAAACUGAAUUAGACAGUUUAAAGGAUAAACUCAGGAAGACACAGUGUGAAAGAGAACAACUGGAAUGUCAAUUGAAGACCGAAAAGGAUGAGAAGGAACUUUAUAAGGUACAUUUGAAGAAUACCGAAAUAGAAAAUACCAAGCUUGUGUCAGAGGUCCAGACUCUAAAGAAUUUAGAUGGGAAUAAAGAAAGCAUGAUUACUCAUUUUAAAGAAGAGAUUGGCAGGCUGCAGUUCUGUUUGGCUGAAAAGGAAAAUCUGCAAAGGACAUUCUUGCUUACAACUUCAAGUAAGGAAGAUACUUUUCUUUUAAAGGAGCAACUUCGUAAAGCAGAGGAACAGGUUCAGGCAACUCGGCAGGAAAUUGUCUUUCUGGCUAAAGAACUUAGUGAUGCUGUAAAUGUGAGAGAUAAAACAAUGGCAGAUCUGCAUACUGCACGCUUGGAAAAUGAGAAAGUAAAAAAGCAGUUAGCUGAUGCAGUGGCAGAACUUAAACUAAAUGCUGUGAAAAAAGACCAGGAAAAGUCUGAUACACUAGAACACGAACUGAGAAGAGAAGUUGAAGAUUUGAAACUUCGUCUUCAAAUGGCAGCAGAUCAUUAUAAAGAAAAAUUCAAGGAAUGCCAGAGGCUCCAAAAACAAAUAAACAAACUUUCAGACCAAUCAGCCAAUAGCACCAGUGUCUUAACAAAGAAAAUCGGAAAUCAGCAAAAAGUGAAUGAUGCUUCAAUAAACACAGACCCAGCUACUACUGCCUCUAAUGUAGAUGUAAAGCCUUCUACAGCUGAGACAGAUUCUGACAUUGUAACAAAGGGACAAGUCUGUGAAAUGACCAAAGAAAUUGCUGACAAAACAGAAAAAUACAAUAAAUGUAAACAGCUCUUGCAGGAUGAGAAAACAAAAUGCAAUAAAUAUGCCGAUGAACUUGCAAAAAUGGAACUGAAAUGGAAAGAACAAGUGGAGAUUGCUGAAAAUAUAAAACUAGCACUAGCUGAAGUAGAGGACAAUUACAAACUUCAGUUGGCAGAGAAAGACAAAGAAAUAAAUGGACUGACGACACAUUUGGAAAGACUCUCCGGGGAGAAGGAACUUAAAAUGAGUCUAGAAAAUCAAGCAGAAAGGAAAACAGAAGGUCCGAAUUCCCAGAGUCCUCGGAAGAUCUCACAGCGUCUCAGUACAUGCUCAGAGCAAAAUGGUCAUGUUGCUGCAGUGCCAAAUGUACAGCCAGUUCUGCAAUAUGGUAAUCCUUAUGCCACACAGGAAACCAGAGAUGGAGCAGAUGGUGCUUUUUACCCCGAUGAAAUCCAAAGGCCACCUGUAAGAGUACCUUCUUGGGGAGUGGAAGAUAAUGUUGUCUGCAGCCAGCCUGCUCGAAACCUUAGUCGGCCGGAUGGUUUAGAAGACCCUGAGGAUAGUAAAGAAGAUGAACAUGUGCCCACUGCUCCCGAUCCUCCAAGUGAGCAUUUACGUGGGCAUGGAACAGGCUUCUGCUUUGAUUCCAGCUUUGAUGUUCACAAGAAGUGUCCCCUCUGUGAAUUAAUGUUCCCUCCCAACUAUGAUCAGAGCAAAUUUGAAGAACAUGUUGAAAGUCACUGGAAGGUGUGCCCAAUGUGCAGCGAGCAGUUCCCUCCUGACUAUGACCAGCAGGGCUUUGAAAGGCACGUGCAGACCCAUUUUGAUCAGAAUGUUUUAAAUUUUGACUAGUUACUUUUUAUUAUGAGUUAGCAAUAUAGUUUAAGAAUUUAAAAAAAUCACCUCCAAUAGACCACUAUGGAGACCACAAGGUAUCCCUUCCACGUACCCUCUACCACACUUUUCUGAACAAGCGCUGCUUUGGAGUUUUGUGUUACUAGGGUCAAUCUUCAGCUUAUCAAUAAAUAUAAUUGUAACCCCUGUUAAUCUUACAGCUUAAGAAAACUUUUUCUGUGUUUGUAUCUUUAUUUAUUCCCCAGUUUGCAGAACUAUAUGAAUAAAGGAAAUGGAUUGUUUUAAUGUUA